GUUGGGUUUAAUGAAACAAUAUGAUAAGUUGAUGUUUAGUUUCCACCAAUUAACUUCAUAUUUACUCAAAUAACUUUCUUCUCUGCACAAUCUGAGGUCAGCCAUUGAAGCCGAAGAUGGGUCGUGGAAAAACGGUCUAUGAAUGCAUCAAAAACGAACGAGAACGUAAAAUUUCUUUCAUGCAAAGAAAAGAUGGAAUCAUGAAGAAAAUUUCAACAUUUUCAAAGUUAUGUAAAGUUGAAGCUUGUCUAAUUGUUUAUGGAGAUGAUUCUUCUCGACCAAUGACUUGGCCACAAGAACAUUCAAAGGUGCAAUCCAUCAUUAAAAAGUACGAGGUUCAAAAGAAUAAUGAGACACACCCCAUAAUCUUUGAUGAAGAAGAAUUUUUCAAGAACAAGAAGAUCAUGAUUGAAGCCGAGAUUUCUAAAUUGAGAAAGAAGGUAUUCAAACUCAAAUAUCCUACCAUGGAUCCAAUCUUUACUACCUUAGAUGGGAACCAAUUGAUGGAGUUCAUUGCUUUGGUGAACACUAAAAUUAAAGCUUGUAAGAAAAGAAUUGACAUGUUGAAGGAGAGUAAUCAAGAUAAUGGUAGCAACUUCAAUGUUGACCAAAAUCAAAGUCAACUCAAUUUCAUGAACAACAUUUCUAAUCAUGAUUAUGCUCUUCAUCAUGAUAAUUUGGUAUAUCAAACUCAAAACCCUAAGUUUGAUCCAAAUGUUACUUAUUUUGUGGCAAAGAACAAUGGGAUGAUCAUGGAUUCUAUUAGCCAAGUUAAUGUGUCUCUAGAUUGUUCUACUACAAAUCAAGUUGCGAUUAUGAAUUCUAAAGAAAAGAAUGUUAUUGUGGAUUCUACAAAUCAAAUCAGUGAAGAUGGUGAUCUUAUUAAUUGGGAUGAUUUUGUUGAGGUUGAGAAUUGGAUUGAUCAACUUCAAUAUGAGACUGAUUUAAAAGAGAUUCUUUCUCAUCAAUCUCAGAAUGUGCCACAAUCUUCACAAAUCUUGCCACCAAUAACAAUGGAUGGAUUUUUGGCUGAUGAGAAGAACAAUGACCACCAAUUUCAACCAUUCAACAUGUAAAUGAAGUAGACUAGAGUUGCAAAUUGAAAUAAAUAUAGUUCUAGUGUUUUUUUUGUUCUUUUUAUUUGUUUAUAUUCUCUUAAUUUAGCAAGUAUGUUAUUAACAGUGUUGACUUUGACUCAUUUAUAUAAAUAUUUAUAAUUUCGAUCAACAAUUAUAUUUUGAUGAUAGUAUUAUAUAUUCAAAGUCAAGAUGUUUUCACUAUUUUAAAGCAAAUCAUUUUUUUUUUUGUUAACAAACCAUAUAUUUUCCUAGCUGCAAAUUUAUUACCAAUUUUUUUGAUUUUUUAUCAUAUUUUUUGGAUCUGAUUAAAGAUACACACUUUCAUAUAAAAAAGCCCAAGACUUUGAACCCAGAAAUUAAAAUCCUAAUUGAACAAAAAAGAGGAACAAUUGCUCUCACUGUUCUCACUCACAUUCCCAUAACCAAACGAGCAGCAAAAUCAGAGAAAACACCAUUCCUUUCUUUCUCGGGUCCCCACCUUAAAACCUUUCAUCACCUCCUUCUCCUUCUUCUUCUUCUUCUUCUUCUUCUUCAGCUGACAGAUACAAAGGACCGAAGCCAAAACGCGACUUCCUUGCCCACUGGGUAUCCAAAAA